CAAGAAAAAGCACUAGUCUCUCUCUCUCUCUCUCUAAAAUGGGAAUGUUGGGUUUUUAUCUUCGACUUGAUUGUCUCUUCGUGUUAUUAUUCUUGGUGUGUUCUACUCCUCCAGAGGACCACAUCAGGUGUUCAUCAUCAAACAACACAAACUGCACCAUCGAAAACGCCUACGGCAUUUUCCCCGAUCGAACAGUCUGCAAAGCCAGAGGUGUAGCCUACCCUACUACUGAGGAAGAGCUCGUUUCAACAGUGGCCUAUGGAACCAAGUACAACAUCCCAAUGAAGGCGGCAACUCGUUACGCCCACAGCAUUCCCAAGCUGGCCUGUCCGCGCGGCGAAGAAGGGUUGAUCAUCAGCACCAAGAACCUCAACCGCGUGGUGGAGAUCAACGUCGAAGAGCUGACGAUGACGGUGGAGAGUGGCGCGACGCUUCGGCAGGUGAUCAGUGAGGCGGCCAAGGUUGGCUUGGCCUUGCCGUACGCACCGUAUUGGUGGGGGCUAACUAUUGGUGGGUUGCUAGGAACUGGUGCGCAUGGAAGCACAUUAUGGGGUAAGGGAAGCUCGGUUCAUGAUUAUGUGGUGGGACUUAGGCUUGUGAGUCCAGGAGGGCCUGAAGAUGGUCAUGUCAAGGUGAGAAGUUUCGGUGAAGGUGAUAAAGAUAUUAAUGCAGCUAAGGUUUCACUUGGAGUCUUGGGAGUAAUAUCACAGGUUACUCUAAACCUACAACCCAUGUUCAAGAGGUCCAUCACGUAUUUGAGCAAGAACGAUUCUGACUUGGGAGAUCAGGUGCUUAAGUUUGGCAAACAGCAUGAGUUUGCGGACAUACUAUGGUAUCCUAGCCAGCACAAGGCAGUUUAUCGAGUAGAUGAUCGUGUCUCAAACACAUCCGGAAAUGGUUUAUACGAUUUCCUUCCUUUUCGAGCAACGACUUCACUUGCACUGGAGGUUAUAAGAACGGCAGAGGAGAACCAAGAAUCCAAAAGUGAUGCUGAUGGGAAAUGCUCUGGUGCAAAGUUGGUCACAUCUGGGCUCCUAUCCAGUGCUUAUGGUUUGACAAACAAUGGUAUGAUCUUUACUGGAUAUCCUGUGAUUGGAUAUCAGAACCGGCUUCAAGCAUCUGGAACUUGCCUUGAUAGUCUUCAAGAUUCAAGAAUCACGGCAUGCGCAUGGGACUUAAGGAUCAAGGGCGAGUUUUUUCAUCAAACAACCUUCAGCAUCAGCUUGUCCGUGGCCCAAAGCUUCAUUCAAGACGUGCAGAAGCUAGUUGAGAUUGAACCCAAAUCCCUCUGUGGAGUAGAAAUCUACAAUGGAAUCCUAAUGCGCUAUGUCACCGCAUCAACUGCUUACCUUGGCAAACAAGAAGAUGCAAUUGACUUCGACAUCACUUAUUACCGGAGCAAGGACCCCAUGACGCCUAGGCUCCAUGAAGGCAUACUUGAAGAAAUAGAGCAAUUGGCACUGUUUAAGUACGGGGCACUGCCGCAUUGGGGAAAGAAUAGGAACAUAGCCUUUGCUGGAGUGAUGAAGAAGUACAAAAAUGGUAAGGAGUUCUUGAGGGUUAAGGAAGUGUAUGACCCAGUGGGGCUAUUCUCUAGUGAAUGGAGUGACCAGGUCCUUGGAAUUAAGGGUGAGGUGAACUUAGUCAUGGAGGGCUGUGCGCUAGAAGGGCUGUGCAUUUGCUCAGAGGACAUUCAUUGUGCCCCAAGCCAGGCCUAUUUCUGUAGACCUGGCAAAGUGUUUAGGGAUGCAAGGGUUUGCACACCUUGAUUAAUUUGACUGAUUAUGUACCAUGUACCAUGUACAAGUACCGGUUUAGUGAUACCAGUACUCAAAUUAAUUUUACUCAAAUUCCUUGUGUUAGAGUUUUUCACUGUUUUGUUUGGACUAUUGAGCCUGGGCUUUCUCUUGAAUUUUUCAUCUCUCUAGUGUGGACAGCUUGGUUAGUGUGGUGGUUAGAUUAUUUUGGUCUUUUAUGGUUUUGGUCUAUUGGGGCUUGUUGCU